AUGUCUUUCGCCAUGAAAGUCGCAUACGUCAUCUCCUGUCUGGCAGUGAGCAGAGCCCUUGCGGCGACUGUCAAGCACGAUUGGGCGCUUACAUGGACCUCUGGCGCACCGAAUGGACAGGAAAGAGAGAUGAUCAAAAUCAAUGGCGAGUUUCCAGGGCCCGCCCUCAUCUGUGACGAGGACGAUGAUAUCGAAAUCACCGUCCGCAACUACAUGCCGUUCAACACCAGCGUCCACUGGCAUGGCCUUGCGAUGCAUGGGACCCCGUGGUCAGACGGAACACCAGGUCUGUCUCAGAAACCUAUCGAGAUGGGCCAGAGUUUUAUCUAUCGUUUCAAAGCUUCGCCCGGCGGAACUCAUUGGUACCAUUCGCAUUCCAGGACCACUCUGCUCGAUGGCCUCUAUGGGCCCAUUUUCAUCCGGCGAAGCCCUGACCAACCAACACCAUGGCAUCUGAUCUCAGAUGAUCCCGCCGAUAUCAGUACAAUGGACAAGGCCACGAGAGAACCGAGUCUAAUGUUGAUCUCAGACUGGUCUAGGUUCAAGUCCUGGGAGUACAUAGAAGCCGAAGAGAAGUCAGCUUUGGCGAUUUUCUGCGUGGACAGCAUUUUGAUCAAUGGGAAGGGCAGUGUUUACUGCCCUGGUGUAGACUUUCUGGUUGACGAAACGAGCACGUAUAUGAAGUACGGUCUUUAUCCACGACAGGUCAAUGACAAGGGAUGUUUCCCGCACAUGAAAUCAACCCAAGGACCAUACCUGCGAGCUAGCCGACCGGAGCUCAUCCCAUUGCACUUGCAAGAAGGUUGCCUCCCGUCAAUAGCGGAGCGAGAGAUAAUCGAGGUCGACGCGGACUCAGGCUGGGCGAGUCUCAACUUCAUUUGCGCCGCGACAUUCAAGACGAUCGUCUUCUCCGUCGAUGAGCACCCGAUGUGGGUUUAUGAAGUUGACGGAGAACCCAUUGAGCCGCAGCUGGUGGACACGGUACAUAUGUACGCGGGAGAACGGUACUCGGUACUCAUCAAAUUAGACAAGCCCGCCCGUGACUACACUAUACGCGUCGCCGACAAUGGCCUGACGCAGAUUAUUACCGAGUACGCCACACUGAGAUAUAGGGGCGGCACUGACCGCACAAAAUCAAUAGCCACGAUAUCCUACGGUGGACAGAACGGUAGCGGCGUGGUCACGCUGGACCGCCAACAUCUGCCCCCAUACCCGCCGAAUCCUCCAGCUCCUCACGCAGACGCCCAGCACAUUCUAAAGACUCACCGAUGGGGUUCUCCUUGGCAAUACACCAUGUCCGGCGGGGGUACGUACCAAGAAGACCGCAGCGCCUACGAGCCGCUGCUGUACAACCCACACUCUGUCGAUGCGCUAGACGAAAACCUCGUUAUCAGAACCAAAAACGGGAGCUGGGUCGACCUCAUACUUCAGGUCGGGUCCCUGCCAGACCAGCCACAGGAGUUCCCGCACAUGAUGCACAAACAUACCGGAAAGACAUGGCAGAUCGGCGCAGGCGACGGGAUCUGGAACUAUUCGUCAGUGGAGGAAGCAAUGGAGGCGAACCCGGCGCGGUUCAACCUUGUGAAUCCCAACUGGCGCGACACGUUCGUCACCUCGUUUGACGGCCCUGCCUGGUUGGUUCUGCGCUAUCAGGUCACCAACCCUGGCCCCUGGCUCUUUCACUGCCACAUCGAGACGCACCUGGCAGGCGGUAUGGCGGUCGCAAUUCUGGAUGGGAUUGAUGUGUGGCCCGAGAUACCACCUGAGUACGGUCCCGAUCAGCGAGGGUACCCCGUUGGCGCCCUGCCUGGACUGCAAUCAGGAGGUGGCCCAGUCAAGGGCGUGGCAGAGUGCGCGGCAGUGAAGUCAAUCCCCGCUAUGGCGACACAGGAGCCUGGGCACGAACAGGAGGGAUGGAAGACGACAGUGAAAGCAAUGAUGGCCUUCUUGAAGUCACUCAUAUCUGACACACAGGACACUUCAUCCUAG